UUUUUAUUAUGAUUUAUCUUUUCUUUACUUGGCAGAUACGAAGGCCUGGAAAUCCAAAAGUGGACAACAAACCAAAGUCCAAGAUUUCAGCAUCCCGGAAGCUUUCUCUGAAGAUAAUGCUUCUUAACAGAGCAAUGGAAGAUUUGGAGAAAGAGAAACAGGAGAGGGAUGAAGAGAAAAAUUGCUACCUUAAAGAAAAACACCCUCCUUUACAGCUUUCUGGACUCUCACUAGGGGAGUUACAGAAUCUUUGUAAGCAACUUUAUUCCAAAAUUGACACAGUAGAUGAAGAGAGGUACGACUAUGAGGAUAAAGUCAAAAAACACAACAAAGAUAUAAAUGAGCUUAAGUUGAAAGUUCAGGAUCUUGGUGGGAAGUUCAAGAAACCUGCCUUAAGGAAGGUGCGUGUGUCUGCUGAUGAGAUGAUGCGGGCCCUGCUUGGAUCCAAACACAAAGGCUCCAUGGACCUCCGUGCAAAUCUAAAGUCAGUCAAGAAAGAGGACAUCAAACAAGAAAAGGUUUUGACCAGUGAGGUUGGUGACUGGCGUAAGAACGUGGAAGCUAUGUCUGGCAUGGAGGGAAGAAAGAAGAUGUUUGAUGCUGCUGGUGGAGGCCAGUGAUCCUCUUCUUGAAAGCUAACUGACCUUCAGAAUGGUCCUAAAUGAGACUAAAGAGUUUUCUGGCUUUGUUGACCACUCUGAGCUUCAAAAUUUUUUGCUAAUUCAUAUUACCUGCACAUGCAUUAUGUUUCUUCCUUUAAAGUAUUGGUUGACCCAACUAUUUCAGCCACAUACAUGUAUGUUAAUCCAAAUGAGAAUUAUGUUCUCAUUUUUGAAAUAAAUACAAAAUUAGACAUUUUAGAAGAAUGUUGAUGCAGCUUGUUGCUGUACAGAGAAGGUUAACAGUAACCUAGGGGCUUUAAAAAUAAAGUUUAUUCAUACAUAUUGUGAAGAUCACAGAUGAUUCUGAGGCUCACACUGUAAUCUGCAUUCUGUAUACACUUCUCUAAUUUCACUUUAAUAUGUAUGCAUAAAAGCUUAGUAUAAGUUAGACAGAGAUACAGUAUAUGUAUGUUUGUGUGUGCUACAUUGAAGUCUUAAGUUAGCAUUAAACGCUGCAGUAUUAGCAGAAUAUCACUCAAA